AUGGCUGCAUACAGUCUAGGAGACGCCAUGGGGGACGACGCAAUCGACAGUCCCCCGCUCAUCAGCAUAGGCCAAAUGCCCCACAUUGCCUACGUUCGUCGCGGGCGAGAGGACUGGGCCGGCAUCACUGAUCGCAAGGAACGAAAGAGAUUGCAAAACCGGUUGAACCAGAGGGCGCGACGGCAGAGGAAGUCAAACGUCACUGUGGGAGAUGGGCACGACGAGAUUCCAGGAGGCUCCUGCUCUGAGGAAGAGUUCCGCACCAUGGAUGAAGACAUCACGGAACUUAAUAUUCAGCAGCGACGCUACUACUUGGACAAGUUUGCUCAGAGAGCAUUGCAGAGCUAUUUGAUGAGCCAACCGAGUCCAGAUCACCUGCUGAAGGUUAUUCAGCUUAACACCAUCAAUGCUUUCACAAGGAACGCAAUGGCUCUCGGUCUCCAGACUGACUGGCUGAUAUGCCACGCCGUCUCUCCAUUUGGCCAAGAGGAAGGGAUUACAAAAGAAAUGCCACCAGUGGCGACUCCUCAGUGUCCCACCAGCUUAGUGCCAACAAUGCUUCAGAGGAGCAUUGAGCACCAUCCUUGGGUCGACCUCUUUCCAUCUCCCAAGAUGCGUGACAACUUCCUUGCGGCCAUGUUUGGAAACUGGGAUGAUGAGAAAGAAGAUCAGCUAUGGUUCGAUCUCAUUGAAACAGGUGGAGACAUCGGGGGCACCGGCUUGAUCGUCUGGGGCGAACCGUGGGAUGCCCGAAGUUGGGAGGCCACAGUGCCGUUUUUGAGGAAAUGGGGAUGGAUUGUGCAAGGGUGCAACGAACUCCUCGACGCAACAAAUUACUGGCGAUUCUUCUUUCUUGCAGACGAUACCAAUAUUGUUUCCCACGAUCACUCACUAUCCUCUCCCCGAAUCACACAGAUCAAAAUGACCAAGGUUCUCCUUACAGGCGGCAGUGGUUUCAUCGCCUCUCACAUUCUCAAAGUCCUGCUCCUCCGCGGAUACGACGUCGUCACCACUGUCCGCAACGAGGAAAAAGCGAACAAGCUGCGCGUCGCCAAGGGGGACGUUGGGCCCGACCGUCUUCGGGUUGAACUGAUACCCGAUAUCGCUGCGCCCGGAGCUUUUGACGAAGUCCUGCAAAUCCCCGGCAUCGAGGCUGUCAUCCAUGCGGCAUCACCGUUCCACUUCAACUUCACUAACACGAUAGAAGAUGAUGCCCAGAAGGAAGUUAUUGAGCCUGCUUUGGGAGGAACGCUCUCGCUCCUCGAAGCUGCCAAGAAGUACGGAAAGGACGUCAAGCGUGUGGUCAUCACUUCAUCAUUCGCAGCCAUCCUGGACAACGCCCGCAUGGAUGACCCGAACACGAUAUACACCGAAGAGAGCUGGAAUCCGGCGACGAUUGACCACAUCACCCGCUCCAAAGACAUCGCCUACCGCGUCAGCAAGAAGCUUGCCGAGAAGGCUGCCUGGAACUUCGUUGCGUCCGAGAAGCCCCACUACACCCUCAGCACUAUUGACCCGCCGCUUGUGUUCGGCCCGCUCGCCCACUCCCUUGGGUCUCUGGGCGAGAUCAACACGUCCAACUCUGCUGUCGCGGACCUCCUCUCCGGCAAAUGGCGUGAGGCCAUCCCGGACUCGCUCGUAUUCGUUUGGGCAGACGUUCGUGACGUUGCUCUCGCGCACGUUUCAGCCGUGGAGAAGGAAGAGGCAGCCAGCCAACGAUUCCUGACAAUUGGCGGUUGGUUCUGUAACCGCGACAUAGUCGACAUUGUCCAGAGGAACUUCCCCGAGUACGCGGAUAGACUCCCGGGCCCUGACGUCAAGGGAGGCGAGCUUCCCAGCAAGGAUGAGGUACACGGGUACGACAAUACCAAGACCACUCGUAUCUUGGGUCUAGAGUGGAGGCCGCUUGAGACGAGCAUUGUUGACUUGGUGAAGUCCCUGGCCAAGCCGUAUCUUCCCACAGCGUUGGAGAAAACAGCACUUUCCACACCGACCAUGGAGAGAGAGAACCUCGAUUACUCGACAUCACGUUUUGCAACCAUGUCUCCGCUACCCAGCCCCGAUCUUUCGCAUGUGGCAAAUCCCGGAGACAGCAGUUGGUGCCUGCGAUGUCUUGAAUUCUAUGUCGGCUUCUUCAAGUCAAACGACGGUCAAGCGUGUCAGGACAUCAACUUCACCUGUAAGCAUACAGGACCAGGAACGAAAUGUGACCGAUGCGCUGGUUUCGGCAGAAGAGACAGAGAAUGCCUCACGAUACCGAAUACCCAGCAAAACCAGGCGCGAGAGGUCAUUGACAGACGCCGAACCAUGUUCCAAUUAGAGAACAACCUUGAGCAAUUCGUCAGCCAGGCAGAACAGAACGCUCUGAAUCGUGUUUUCCGUGAGUUUGAAAGAGCGACCCGGGCUCACUAUGAAGACCUCGCUCGACAAGCGCAGCAACAGAACGAGGUCGAGACUGAGAUUGGCCGCGGCACCACCAUCUCCGUCUAUGAGAACGACUCGGAUUUCAGACGCCUUCUUCGCGAUGUACCCCGAAAAUCAUACGCCUCUCAUCCCUAUGAGUCUGAGAACGAGGAGCAACCAGAUGACGGCGACCACGAGUCGGUCUUCGGAAGUGCGAACCAAGACAGUGUUCGCGGUGCCCCACGCGUGCCGAAUGUUUUGCCCGUCGAUCGAGCCAUUCAAGAGCUCAGAAGACUCGAAGAAGCUCAAGCAGCCGCAUCUCGACGGCUGGGAGAAGCAACCUGGCUUGGCAUGAAGCGUGGUACCGCACCCGGCCCCGAGACCCUGGUUCAGCCCGUGUAUUGGAUGCCGGGAAACUCCAAUCCCCAGAACUAUGACCAAAUGAGAAUACAGGGGGCCAUCGAUCAGGUUGAGAGGGCUAACGCUGCUCGUGAGCUUGCUUUCCAACAGUUAGGCAAAGUGGUUUACGCCAUGGAGCUGCCCGCCGGCCUGGCAUCUGAACGAGAUAAGCCUGAGAGCCAGGGUGAAUCGCGUUCGCAGCGCGUCUCGGAUGCGUAA